UGGUAACAAGGCACCACUAUCAUCAAGACCAGCCAAAAAGAAGGUGAUUGAAACAGAGGCAGAGCCUGUGUUUACAGAAGUGCCUGACAGUGCUCGCCAGGUGGACCUACUUGUAACAGCUCUGUGUGACUUCAGCAAAUACAAAUGCAAGAUAGAGGCUGUUAGCUUCCGAGACACUCUUAUGUUCCAGACAAGGGUCUAUGAUUUUACACUGAGUAACAAGGGUGCUGUCCAGAUGGACUACAGUUGGCAGGUGGUAAUGGAGAACAUGCCCACCUUCCAGCGAGCUGUAACAUUCAUGUCAGAGGCAGAACGACCAGAGUCACGCAUGGAUCUUGCUGACAGCAGUUAUGUCCCCUUCACCAUAGAACCAGAAUAUGGAACAAUACAGGCUGGCAAGAAAUCCAGCUUUAAAGUCAGGUUCUCUCCCUUAGAUGUGAAUGAUUAUGAGGCCAGACUGAUUUGUUCGUAAGUAUUCAAACUCAGGCAGAAAAGUAUUUCCUAAAAUG